AUGACAGCAGGGAUAUGUUGGGGCUACAUAAACGAUGUUAAUGCGUUUAAGCUAUUGGCGACGCUUGUCACUGUGGCGGUGGCUUCCAUGUAUUCUCUAGUUUACCUAUUAUCCCAUACUCCAAGAGAACCGUUCUCUGAGGAAUUGCAAUCCAUUACUGUCGACGAAAACGGCGAUCGAUUAACAACGGAGCUGGUUGCUGUCAACAGUGCCACUCAUCAUGCCAGUGAGGGCAUUCUUUUAUCUGUGGUUGUGCCUAGUUACAAUGAAACUGGGAGGAUAUUGCUGAUGUUAACUGAGGCUAUUAAAUACCUGGAAAGCGCUUUUCCUCAAAAAUGGGAAAUAAUAAUCGUAGAUGAUGGUUCCAGAGACGGGACAACUGAUUAUUGUUUAAAACAAGCACAUGAACAGUUUAAGCUGAGGGCGGGAGAAUUGAGAGUAAUUCAUUUUAUCAAGAACAGAGGCAAAGGUGGCGCUGUGAGACAAGGAAUGUUGCAUAUUCGCGGAAAAUAUGGUCUUUUUGCAGAUGCAGAUGGUGCAAGUAAAUUUAGUGACGUCGAAAAAUUAUUGGAAAGUGUCAAGAAGCUCGAAAAAAACGAAACAGGUAAGGAUAAGGCUGCAGUCGCAAUUGGAUCUCGCGCUCAUAUGAUCAACACUGAUGCUGUGGUUAAGAGAUCAGUUAUAAGAAAUUUUUUGAUGUAUGGACUGCACACAUUAGUUUUCGUUUUUGGUAUUAGGUCCAUCAAAGAUACGCAAUGUGGGUUUAAAUUAUUCAAUAAAGCAGCUAUAGAACAAAUAUUUCCAUACUUGCAUACCGAGGGUUGGAUUUUUGAUGUUGAGAUACUCAUGUUGGCUAUCAGGAAGUUGAUACCUAUUGUGGAGGUUCCUAUCUCGUGGCAUGAGGUGGAUGGGUCCAAAAUGGAGCUAGCACGAGACAGUAUUAACAUGGCUAAGGACUUGGUAGUCAUCAGAAUGGCAUAUAUUCUAGGAAUCUAUAAGGAUUACAGAAAAAUCUGA